AUCGCAAUGCCAUCUAGCUGGAUUCAUUUGCUGGGACUGCUGGCCCUGUUUCUUUGCACGAUCCUGUCUGCUGGAGAUGCCUCCCCCUUCGACGAGAGACGCCACCGGGGAUGGAAUCCUCGCCCAGGAUCAAUGCCGCAGAUUCCCACCACACCACCUUUUAAUCCAUACGGAUAAGGUGGCAUCUAAUUAUCUAAAAGCUAACUAAAAAUAUAGAUCAAGUCUUAAUCGUUUACAAAUAUAUAAAAUGCAUUUAGAUGGACUACAAAAAAAUUUCUAAAAAUGUCACAUAUUCAAUAUAGAAAGCGUUUUUCUAUAAUAAGAAUUCGGCUGUCAAUCAAGGGGGAACUUUUUCCUCCACUUUUUGGUUUUGAGAAUAAAGGGCAAGAAAUGUCAAUUGAAUCCGAGG